GUCUUCUUGAAGCAAGAGUUGACCUUAAACAUGCAUCAACAAGUGUUGUAAUUACUAAUUAAUUUAUAAGCCAAUCAAUCUUGGCAGUAGAGUGGCUAGUAAUUCGAAUGGCGUCCUUUUCAAAAAAGAAAAUUCGAAUGGCGUUCUUAUAAGUGCAGUCCAUGCAUAAGCCUCAUUUUGUAAGCUAAACCAAAGUACUCCUACGUAGAUUUUACAUUUCAAAAAUAGCCUAAUCUUGUUUCUUCAUGGCACAUCCCAAUUACCCACCAGUUGCCCAAACAUUUUACCCGCCAACCGCCGCACCACCACCACCACCGCCACCGCAAGCGAUAUACCCGCCGCUGCCACCAUAUUAUUAUCCAACCACUAAGGUGGAGGGGGUCAACGAGCACAGUAGCGGUACUUAUUAUGCUCAACCAGCAGCUCCAGCUGGAUACCCGGCGGCGUAUCAACCACCACCCGCCGCUUAUCCGCCUGCUUACCCACCGCCGCCGCCCAGUCGACAGCAGCAAUCGACCUGCACAGUUCCGGCGGAGCGUCCGAGUCAGGCGAUCAUACCCAACCCGAUCCCUGUAGUGGGGCUCCAAUACUGUCUUCCUCGACCCGUUGACUUGAUGAUUGUCCGAAAGCUCAUGACUCUAACCGACGACUUCUCGGUAACAGAUGUGGAGAAUAAUAUGAUGUUCAAAGUCAAAGGCAAGCUGAUGAGCCUUCAUGACAAGCGGGUUCUUUUGAAUGCGGCUGGAAAUCCUGUUCUCACUCUCAGCAAUAAGAUAUUGUCAGCACACAAGAGAUGGCAAGUGUUUAGGGGUGCAAGCACACACCCCUCGGACUUGAUAUUCAGUGCGAGAACCUCGUCCAUGAUCCAACUGAAAACCAAGUUAAAUGUGUACUUAGCCAACAGGACAACCGAGGAUGUUUGCGAUUUUAAGGUCCAAGGAAGCUGGGCCGAGCGAUCUUGCACGGUUUUUGUCGGAGAAUCCACAACCGUCGCGGCUCGAGUAAGUGAGACGAGCACAAACACGUACAACUUUGAAUUAAUAUGCUCUAAUUAGCUUCAAAUGUCAAGUACCACUAAGCUACCAGUAGUACUUAGUCGUAUGAUUAUAUACACUAAUUAACUUCCAUGAACGGAUAUGGUUGAAUGAUCGAUCUCACGUUCUAUAUAUCAUUUUGGCAUUUUGCAGAUGUCCAAGAAAGACAGUGCUCAGAGUUUCUUCCUAGGAAAAGACACAUUCAUGGUCACCGUCAAUCCAAACAUUGACUAUGCAUUUGUGGUGGCACUCAUUCUCAUCCUCGAUGCCAUCAGCAGUGCAGAUGAUGCAUAAUAUCAACGCUCCCAUAACUAUGACUUUGAGUUGGAGACCAAAAAUUAAUAUUGUCAUUUUCUUGAUUAAUUAGCUAGUCUCCAAUUAAUAAAAAAUAAAACAACUGCCAUUUUAAUUAUCAUUUCCCUGUAGUUCUUCUUAUUCACAUCUGAGAAUCAUAUAUGUAUGCAGCUAGUUUACUUGUUCUUUCUGAGAAAAGGAAACCUUUUCAAAUUUCAAUCAAUAACUUAAUGUUGAACGAUGCCAAUAUAUCCAAGAACAAGAAGGC